CUCAACCCUCCCACCCACACAACUACACAAGUCCCAAACCAUCUGCAAGCAUCCUUCAUCCUAGCUAGGCUCCUAACUUACUUGUACCUUACUUAGGCAAGGAAGCAACGGCAGCAGCAAGAAUAGUUGAGGAGAAGGAGAGGAGCUGAUAAGCUAUGGCGUCGAUGAUGGGAGGAGACUUCGUGGAGGCCUACGUGCUCAGGAACGCCUACAAGGAGAAGCUGAGGCGCAUGGACCAAGCGGAAGCCGCGGCGGCGCUCGGCGGCGCCAAGAGCAGCACGGAGAAGGUGGCCGCCGGGGCCGCCGGAGAGAAGAAGGCUGCUGCUGGUGGCGGUGCGAGCACCAGGGGGCGAUUCUUUGGCCUCAUGAAGAAGAAGGUGCACCCCAAACCCAAGGCGGCGCCCACUUCCCCUUGAUGAAUACUGUAUUUGCGAUGCCACGAAAUUGUAGGCCGCAGCUUCCUUCUAGCUAGGAGCGUGUGUGUGUGUAAGUUUGUUCUUUCGAUCGUUUAGCUUCUCUUGGAUGAGUGUGUAAAGCAAAACCUUUUGUUAUUUGGUAAAAAAAAAGCUGACAAAAGUUACGCGAA